GGAAGUGACGCAAGACGUAGCGGAAGUCCCUGCAGCGGCGGUGUUGUGCUGUGGGGAAGAGACAGAUUUGUAAACCUUAGAGUGAGGUUCUGCCUGCCGGAGGCCGCUGUGGUGCGGAGACCCCCCGGGUGAAGCCACCGUCACCAUGUCUGACCAGGAGGCAAAACCUUCAACUGAGGACUUAGGGGAUAAGAAGGAAGGAGAAUACAUUAAACUCAAAGUUAUUGGACAGGAUAGCAGUGAAAUACAUUUCAAAGUGAAAAUGACAACACAUCUCAAGAAACUCAAAGAGUCAUACUGUCAAAGACAGGGAGUUCCAAUGAAUUCACUCAGGUUUCUCUUUGAAGGUCAGAGAAUUGCUGAUAAUCAUACUCCAAAAGAACUGGGAAUGGAGGAAGAGGAUGUGAUUGAAGUUUAUCAGGAGCAAACUGGGGGUCAUUCGAGGGUUUAGAUAAUUCUUUUUAUUUUUUUCCUUUUCCCUCAAUCCUUUUUUAUUUUUAAAAUAGUUCUUUUGUAAUGUGGUGUUCAAAAUGAAGAUUGAAUACUGGCACUCCAUCUCUUUUAGACCAUCUGGUAAUCUGAAUUAUAGUGUUCAAUAUUCAUUAUUGGUUGUUUUUGUUGUGCUGAUUUUUGGUGAUCAGACCUCAGCUCCCAUAAUAUUGCCCUUCUUAUUUUAAAAAAAUUCAUGUGUGCACAGAGAGGCCACCCUUUUCAGGACUGUGCAUUUCAGGUUUGUGAUGAUAAAAAGAUCAACUAGUGGGAGCUUUCCUAUGACCUUCCAAUUGGCCCUGAAGUUCCAGCAUGCAGUUGCCUCACUCCUGGACUGUGAUUUUCAGUGGGAGAUGGAACUUUUUCAGAGAACUGAACUGUGGGAAAAUGAUCUUUCCUCAGCUUGAAGCUACUUUUAAAAUAUGAGGGUCUGGACCAAAAGACGAAUAUCACAUUUGUAGUCAAGAUGACAGAUACAGUGAGAGUAACAACUAACUCCAAAGAUGGCUUCACUGGAGAGGAAGAAGCGUCCUUGAGAGUAAGACAGGCUGUCUGAAGAUCCCAGGAAAGCAGUUAGUAACAGUUACUCAUGCAGAAGUGUAUGCAACAGACACUGCUCCUUUUGAUUCUGUUUGUACUUUUUGGCCUGGGACAUGGGUUUUCAAGGGACAUCGUCUGUACCAGCUUCAUUAAAAAUAAACAAUAUUUGUAAAAACCGUA